AUGUAUAGAAUCAAUACAUUUUCCGACGCCAAUCAUCCAUUUCAGCCCCAACCACUUAGUAAUAACGGCAGGAGUUUAUUGGUGACUGCUGCGGAAAAUCAAAAUUCGAAUGAUGAUUAUUUCUCUAAUGGUAUUGACAACGAUGGCGAAGAAUCAGUUCUCUCUUUGGCAUGCAGUAAACAUUAUAUAUUUAGUGGUUCACAAAAUCCUCACAUUCAGGUUUGGGACACAAAGAAGCUGAAAUGCCUGUAUUUGAUUCAAUCUUCCCAUGAUAUUGGCGAUCUAUUUUCCGUGGUGUAUUCGGAUUCUCUAGAAACUUUAUACAUCGGAUGUCAAAAUACCAGCAUCCAGAGUUUUGAUCUAUCCGUGAAAGAUAAAUAUAGGACGACGCAACCAUUAAAUGCCUGUAAAAACUCGAAAUUCUUUGACGCAAAACCGGGUGAUGCUUCCGUAAUCGCGGAUACGGAAAGUUCAACGUUCACGGAGGAGUGUGAUGACAUGAAACGGUAUUUGAUCGAUGAGAGCAUGAUCUAUCUGGAUAGUCACAAUGG